AUGCAAAAGUCGAAAUCAGUACCUGUCUCAAAAAUUACUAGCACUGAAUUACUCAAAGUUUCAGACGAAACUAAAGCUCUGAUCAUGGGUUCCCAGUUAACGAAUUUACAGUACAUAAAUGAAGGCACCGUAACUACUGUUAAUACUGGUGGUAUACAAACGACUGAUCAUGCUCAAACUUCCAAGUCACCAUCUUUUUAUUGUGAAAACAAUAUUAUUUUAUAUACUAGUGGCUUAUUUCAACAGAACAAGAAGAAUAUGUGCACACUCUGUCAAAAAUGCCAUGAUGCUUUAACGAAAAACCACAUUCCUAAAUUUUCUGUUGCCAAUGGCAUGUGGUUUGGCGACAUUCCUGCUGAAUUACAAGGCUUAACAAUUCCAGAAGAAAAGCUAAUAUCACUUUAUCGUCACAAUAGUUGUAUAAUAAAACUUCAAUCACCUUUCCAUUCAGCUACAACUUCGCAAACAGCUUUAAAAGGCAACUGUAUUACUUUUCUGCAAAAUGUACCGGACAUUGUCAGCAGUCUACCACUUAAACUCAAUGAUCUAUGUGAUACAAUAAAAGUCAUUUUUGUUGGCUCUCUUCCUCCUCAACGUAUUCAUCUUAGAAAAAUUUUAACAGUGCGAAAGAAAAAAAUUAUUCAGGCUUUACAAUGGUUGAAGAAAUAUAAUAUUCUCUAUCAGAAUAUUGAGAUAAAUCUUGAGAAUAUUGCUCAACUACCUGAAGACGACAUACCAGAAUCUAUUAUGUCAACAAUGGAACAAAAGAUAAGUGAUGAAGAAAUUCAAUCUGAAAGAGUUGGCUAUGUUCCUGAUCCACUAUCUAAUUUAACUGAUUACACAAGCUCAGAUACUAUUCCCAUACAGAACAGCGUUUUCGACGUCAAUGACUCUUUGGUAUCUUCAGAUGAAAUUGCAAAUUAUGUUUUGCAAAGAAUGAAAAAUAACAAAACACACCAACAAAUGAACAGUGAAAGAGUUCAUUUAAUCCCUCAUUCUUCAAAACCUGUUAAUGAGUGUUAUAAUCCAAAAUUAUUGAUAGGUUUGUAUCCUACUCUGUUUUGUUAUGGACGUGGUGCACCUGACGAUCAAUCACGUCCUGUUAAAACAAAUUUACGAGAACAUAUACGCUACCUAUUAUCCUACAAUGAUCGACGUUUUGAAACGAAUCACAGCUUUAUAUUUGUGGUCUUCAAUAUAUUGCAACGACGUAAUGCUUGUUUUCAUGCUCAAAUAAUCACAACGAAACCUUACUUUCGAGAAUCAGCCCAGGAUAUCCAGACUUUAAUCAGUAAAGACAUCGAAACCGCUCUCGAGAAUAUUUCCAAAAAAACAUAUAACUCAGAAUCAAACAGUGCAUUAAACAAAUUAUUAAAUCAUAUCAAAACCAUCGGUGGUCGAGUUAUGGGCUCCGCAUAUUCACGCACGGCCUUACGAACUCGCAUUCAUUCGUUAAUAUAUAAUCAAUGUCUACCUAACAUCUUUAUGACGUUAAAUCCAGCCGAUAUUCAUAGUCCCAUAGCACUAUAUUUUGCGGGUGUCAAGCUCGAUUUGGACAACAUACAGAUGGAACAAUUGCUCAAUACUUACAAAAGAGCUGAAAUAAUAGCAUCUCAUCCUGUAGCUACCACCAAAUUUUUUCAUUUGUUAAUCACCAAUAUCUUAAAGACUAUAAUUGUUGACGGUGUUCUUGGGCCAAUAAAGGCUUAUUUCGGUACUGUUGAAAGUCAAGGACGAGGUUCUCUUCAUCUACAUCUUCUUAUUUGGCUUGAUCAUGACAUGAAACCGGCUGGUAUGAAAGAGCAAGUUCAAAAUUCUACUUUUCGUGAGAAGUUGAAAGCGUAUCUAGAAGAUAUUAUCAAAGAAGAUCUAGAUGAAUUCAAAGACAAAUAUGUCUUCGAGAAUUCAGAUGCAUCAAGGUCAUUCAAUACUCCAACACAAUUAUCAAGAGAUAAUAUUUAUACAGCUUUACGUACUAUUGAUUUGGCAGGUUUAGAAGAAAAUACAAAUGAACAUGGUA